GUGCGUACGAUGGAAAGCCAGAAGGGGAACUAUCCCAGCAGGACAGUAGCUGCUGCAACGACAAAAUGCCGCGGCGUCUGCUGCCAUGUUUUACGCAGUUCCAUGAAAAAUGCGCGAAGGAGCUUUCAAAGUCUCAUCCUUGACGUCUCUCGCAACGAAUCCGCCGUGAUAACUUUGCCGUGUCCGAAAAAUGGGUGUAGUCGAUGAUGGAACUCGGAGGCUUGAUCGAAGAAGUCUACGAUCUGAUUAAAGACAUUCGUGAUCCCGAGAAGCCUCACACACUGGAAGAGCUCGGCGUUGUAUCUGAGGAAGAGAUAAGCGUGAGCACCGACCGAGACGCGUACAGUUAUGUGAGCGUCACCCUAAUACCGACCGUGCCGCAUUGCCAUCCUCGCUGCGAUUAUUGGACUCUGUGUGAGGAACGAAGCUCCGAGGAAAACUUGCCUUACAGUUUCAAGCUAGAUAUCUUCAUCAAGGAAGGUUCUCACACAACCGCUGCUGAAUUGAGCAAGCAGAUCAACGACAAAGAAAGAGUAGCCGCAGCAAUGGAGAACAAGAACAUCAAAGACAUGGUGCAGAGCUGCAUCUCCUAUGAGACAAUGUAAAGUGCAUCUUGCUGGACUCUUCAGCUGGAGUCACGUAUGACCACUAAACAUUUACUUUCCCAUUUCAGCUAGCUGC